CCUCCCCCGCGCGGCGGCCCCCGCCUCCCCCCGCCUCAGCGCCUUAAAUGCCUCGGCCGCGGCGGCAACAAAGGCAGGCGGCGGCCGUGAGUGAGGGGCCGGCCGGGGGUCGGCUAGGCGGGGCUGGCGGCUAGAGAAUUCAAUGUAAAGGGACAUGGGAGCAUGAAGAAUUGCAUGGAGAGCACAGAUGUGCUGCCCGUGGUGGCAUCUCCUACAGCUCUUACCUGGCAAUCUGCUGCUGCCUGGAAGGGAUUGACAGGAACCUCUGUGGAUAGCAAAGGAACCUGGAGAUGAAGGGCCUGCUGGACUUCUCAUCCCAAAGAGGGCAGAGAGCAGCCAAAAUCUGCACAGAGGUCAAGACAGAGCAGUGUGGAGCCUGGGGAGCCUUGGCAGGAGUGGGAAUGCUCUGCUGGAGGUAGGUAUUUCUUGAACUCUUCAGCACAUCACAGAACUGUUGUUUUGGGAUAUCCUGCUUAAGCCCUUGGAGGAAAAUCUGCCAACAGCCAAAAAUGACUUGAGUUGGAGAGCUGCUGCUUUAUCCCCAGUUCUAUGCUUUAGCAUGUUCUUCAUUAGUGGCAAAGCCUGUGGUCAAGUAAAAAGUGCGUUUGUUGGCAUUUGGAUGUUGACUGUCAGGGAUGGGAGAUGAAGCAAAGCAAUGUGGAGACUUACCCUGCUUGCUGGGCCAGCUUCCAGUGUCCCACCUGGGGAUGCACCGUGCACUAUGGUUCACAUCAAUGUGUUGAAAAAGUUCAUGUGUGUCCUUGUGGUGGUCCUGGUAGCACUGACAGUUUGCCUGUGGAGAGAAACCAGAAGAAGCUACUAUGAUCCUUUGAAGACCGGGAAUGAUGAUUUUCAGGGGCACAGGAGCUUGGAGAAAUGGAACACUGUUAAAUCACAAGGCCUUUUCCAUGAAGCAGCCAGUGAACUGGGGCAGGUAUCCAAAAUAUGGCUUGGUACCCAAAACAAAGUAAAAGGCAGCACCUCUGAAACAGCUGAAAAGUCCAAGAAAGCAGCCUUUGGGAAGGUAUGGGAUAAGGACAGCUCAUCCAAAAAUCUCAUACCCAGGCUGCAGAAGGUCAGGAAAAACUACCUGGCCAUGAACAAGUACAAUGUGACUUACAAUGGCAAGAGGAAUGCUAAGCUCAGCCCAGAGAAGCUGCUGUGCCAGCUGCGGGACAGAGUCAAUGUGACCAUGAUCCAGAGGUCUGAUGGGCCUUUUGGUACCUCUGAGUGGCUGCAGUACCUGCCAGGGAAAAGCUUCAGUGAAGCAGUGGGACACCUGGGUCGCUGUGCUGUCGUGUCCUCAGCAGGCUCUCUGAAAUCAUCUCGCUUGGGACAAGAAAUAGACAGCCACGACGCCGUCCUGCGCUUCAACGGGGCUCCUGUCAGGGGCUUCCAGGAUGAUGUGGGGCAGAAGACAACAAUUCGUCUUGUCAAUUCCCAGCUUGUAACUGUUGAAGAGCAGCAGUUCCUGAGUGAACCAUUAUAUAACACUGGAAUCUUAAUUGUCUGGGAUCCAGCACCAUAUCAUGCAGAAAUUCAUGAGUGGUACAGAAAACCAGAUUACAACUUUUAUGAAAGCUAUAAGGCGUAUCGUAGAGCACAUCCAGAGCAGCCCUUCUAUAUCCUGAAUCCCAAAAUGCAGUGGCAACUCUGGGACAUUCUGCAGGAGAAUUCCCUGGAGCAUAUUCAGCCUAAUCCACCAUCAUCAGGAAUGCUUGGCAUUGUGCUCAUGAUGACGCUGUGUGACCAGGUGGACGUGUACGAGUUCCUCCCUUCCAAGCGGCAGACAGACAUCUGCCACUACUACCAGAAGUUCCACGACCACGCCUGCACCAUGGGAGCCUACCACCCCCUCCUGUUUGAGAAGAACCUGGUGAAGCACAUGAACCAGGGCACGGAUGAGGACAUCUACACUCUUGGCAAAGUGACCCUGCCUGGCUUCCGGAAAGUGCAGUGCUGACAGAUUGGUUUUACUGGGUUCAGUUUUCCUUGACUUUUGAAGCACUUUUUAAAUCAGGGUUGUCAGAUUUGUUAGGUCUAAGCACUGGUGUGUUUUGACAGCUCUUCCACGUAGCAAGGCUUGCUCCUAGGACUUUGUUGACCAACUCUGAGCUGUAAGGCUCUCUGUGGUGCAGCCACUGAGCUGCAUGAGUCACUGCAAUAAAUGGACUCCCAGUGGAGCCAGGCUCUUGCAGCACGUGGACACCUCUGGCUUCAUCUCAGCUGAUGACAGGGUAGGGGAGGCACAGGAGAGGCUUUCUAAGCAGAGAUUGCACAAGUCAGGAUCAUACAGUGAACAUAGUUCGGUUUGCUUCAAACAGCCAAAAACCUGGGCCAUUGGGAAACAUGAAAAAUAGUUUAAUAUUUGUUCCCAUAGUCAGGGGCUCUUCAGAUUAGGGAUGAUUUAUAGAAAUGCUGUCAAGCUGUGUAAUGAUAAGUGACACUUCUAAUCCAAAAUAUUUGAUUUUAUAAACAGUCUGUGAACUUCCUUCCAAAUUGUAAGACUUCUGAAACCACUCAGGUGACAUUUUUGGCAAAGGAAGAGGAAAGCAAUUCAUAAUUCAGUGAAUCUUGCAAGACUUUUUAAUCUUCUUAUUUUUUUUUUAAUAAUUUAAAAUAAAUUUGAGCAAUCAUUUACUUUUCCAGUACAGUGCUGGGCUUGGUACAGAAGAACCCUUAUGAUCAGAAAGGUUUGGGGAAGAUGCUCCAAGGCACAAAUGGGAGAAUGCACUGGAAGUUGGUGCCUUUUUCCAGCUCUCUGCUGCUCUACCUUUGCAAUUGUUGAAUUACUUGCUGUACCCAUUAACACAAACACCACAGAGCUGCUGCUCGAUGAGUUCCAGCCCUCUGCAGGCCAACAGAGGGGAUCUCUUGACUGCUGUGUGCUUUUCUGCAUAGGUGGGGAGCAGGUUUGUCACUUCCAUGCUUCAGGAGUGGUGGGGAGGGAGAGCAUGCUCUGCUUCUCAUGCUGAAACACAGGCAGAGCUGAGAAGGGCAGCUGCUUCUGCUCCAGGGACUCCUGUGGAGCAAGGUGGAAGGGGCAGUUCUGCAAUCUCAGGGUGUUGGUGAGAACACCUUCCCUGUCUUCUGUACUCGUGUGUUUCAUCAUGUCAGUAAAGAAAGUUUUCUCCGGUUUUGAAUAAAUCCUGUGAAGUCAUUGGUCUG